CAGAACAGUGACACGUUGAACGCAACGCAGCCAUAGGAACCGGUCCUCUCUGCUCUGCUCUGCUCUUCUCUUCUCUUCUCUUCUCUUCUCUUGUGUUGUGCAAUAACCAAGUGAAGCUCUCUCUCUCUCCCCCAAUUCCCAAAUCCAGGCAGAGACUGGCAAAUCAGAACCGAAAUGUACAGAUCAGCAGCUAAGCGGCUUCUACAUUCCCUGGGUGCACCCUUGAGUAACAGUAGCAGCAACCGUGUUGUUCGGUUUCGCCCUCUUCAGUCCCUCAUCAGUCAUUCUCGCUUUUCCACUACUGUCAACUCUGAACCCUUUGUCAGUCAAAACCCUACUUACUCAGAUUCCACGCCGUCAACAGCCGAUCACACGCGCAGACCAAGAGUAGAAUACCAAGAUGAGCAAGCUCGCGUGCUCCAAGCCUCACUUCCCCAUGUCAUAAGGUUGGGGUGGAGUGAAGCAGCUAUGAUUGCUGGUGCGAGGGAUGUUGGUGUGUCUCCGUCAAUUGUGGGAUCGUUCCCAAGGAAAGAGGCUGCCCUUGUUGAGUUUUUCAUGGAUGACUGCCUGCAAAGGCUCAGUGAUACAAUUGAGUCCGGUACAGAGGAGUUGAGAAGUUUGAUACCCAGCGAGCGUAUCACCAAGCUUGUAAGAAUUCGCUUGGAAAUGCAGGCGCCCUACAUAUCAAAAUGGCCUCAAGCUCUUAGCAUCCAGGCACAACCUGUGAAUGUUCCCACAAGUUUUAAGCAGAGGGCGCUCCUUGUUGAUGAGAUCUGGCACGGUGCUGGUGAUGACACCUCUGAUUUUGAUUGGUAUGUGAAACGGACUGUCCUUGGAGGGAUAUACUCCACAACUGAGAUUUACAUGCUUACUGAUAAUUCCCCAAAUUUUUGUGAUACGUGGGCAUUCUUGGAUAAUCGGGUGAAAGAUUCUUUCGACUUGAAGAAGACCAUUCAAGAGGCAACAUACUUGGCAGAAGCCGUUGGUGCUGGAAUGGGGACCUCUUUGCAAGGAUUUGUGAAGAGCGUGUUUCGGGGGUAAAUGUUGGAAAAACAAUUCUACAGCAAUCUUCAGCGCUCUCUCUUUUCUGGUCAGUAGAGUUGGAUGAGAUGUUGUGUAACUACGUUAGUCUAUCACAACAUCUAUAUCUUUGUCUAUUGAAGUUUGCAAGUGUAGCUGAGUUUUAAGGUCGUACAAUAAUUUUGUUUACUUGUCUGCUGUGCUUUAUUUGACGUUUUGGUUCUCCUUGAACCAGCAUAAAGUUUAAUAAUUUUUACAGGAACAGAGAAGUUGUGUAAAUAAUUAAAGUUGUUUGA